AUGUUCUCAUUUGAGCUGGAACAAUUGAAAAUUGAAUUGAAAACAUGGGAACAUGAUUUCAUCAAUAAAAAUAAAAGGGAACCCACAAGGGAUGACAUCAAGAGUCUGCGUGAUGUUAGGCAGAUGUACAAGCAAUAUUCCAUACUAAAAAAGAAGCAUUCUUUGCAACAACAGAAACUUCUUGCUCAAGAAUCGGUUGAAGUACCGGCACAUAGCAAAGACAAUGAUGAAAUCGUUGAGAUAGGUCCUACUCCCCAAGUUUACGGUAAGGCGAUUAGUAUCUUUGACAUGAAUUUGUCGCCUAUAAAGCCCAUAUACAUGACAUUCACAAAUAAUACUGAUAUAAACAAUGAUAGUUCUAAAACGAUAUCUAAUAAAUCUUCCCCACAGAAGACUAUGUCUCUAAAAUCAUCUCCAGAAGAUCGGACACUAGUAGCAGAAUCGAUAUCCAAUGUGAAGCGCCAGUUAAACUUUCAAAUCCUCAAGGCUUCUUCUACACGUACUCCAAUUUCAUCACCAUGUAAGAAAUGCGAUGGACAAUCAGCAGAAAUCAAGAAAUGGAGUCCGACAAUCAAACCUUUACUGGAAUCCGGUAAGCCAUCGAGGUACUAUGGACCCAAUUCCCCACUAAAAUUGGAUGAAGAAAACAUUCACUUGAAUAUUCCACUUAAUUCAAAUACUAAACGCCGGCUUCAAAUGGCAUAUCCGUCUUUACAAAAAACUCCUUCGAGAGAUAAUCAUGUGGACAUUUCAGUUUCAUUUAGUCCAUCUCCUUUAAUCAGAAGGCCUCUGACGAAAUCCCUGAUAGAAUUGGCAAGGGAGCAUACUGAAAUUGUGAAAGAAUUCAGUACUUUGCAGGGAGAAGAUAUUGAAGAAGAUAUUGAAGAAGAAGAGGAAGAAGAAGGAGAGGAUGACAAGGAUGGUCGUGAUGAGAAAGACGGCGAAGAUGAGAGCAGGCUAGAGGAUGGAUUAAUUAGACGAAAAGUUGUAAAGGAUAUAUUUCAAGAGGACGAUGACAAUGAGGAUAACCAAGCAAGGGAAAAUACUUUUAUAAGAAAGAGACCCAAGAGAAGAAAGGUUAUCAGAAGAUUACGAGACGACGAUCCAGAAACCGAGCCCACAGCUGUUAAAAGAGAUGUCCAUAAGGAGCUGAUGAAACUGAAAAAAAGAAAAGUGGCAGAAUUUUUGGGAUCCACUUCACAACUCUCUGACACUGAAUUUGAAAAUAAUGACGAGGCAACCAGCGGUGUAGUAAAUCUAGAGCAAAAGCCUGCCGCUAAGCGCAAGGGCAGGAAAAAGUAUAAUCUUGUCAGUAAUAACUUUAGAAGAUUAAAACUGCCAAAGAAAAACCGCUUUCCUAACAGACGCUGGGGAAGGAGGUGA